CCAGGAAGGGGGGAGCCGUCCCCUGUGCGAGAUCCUAUAUAAGGAGGAGGGAUGACAUCCGAGUGGGCUGAGCGUCUCUGUCCCUCCAGUGGACUUGGGGCAGAGAACGAAGAUGCUUAGGACAGGGCACUGCAAGCCUGGGUCCUGGGGCAGCUUCUGGGCCAUCCUGGCCUUGGUGGGCCUGGUCACUCAUGCAGCGCAGAGAGCCGACGUGGGCGGGGAGGCAGCAGGCACCUCCAUCAACCACUCCCAGAUGCUACUCCACCGCCUGCAGGAGCUGCUGCGGCAGGGCAACGCCAGUGACGUGGUCCUGCGAGUGCAGGCUACAGGCACCGACGAGGUCCGAGUCUUCCACGGCCACCGCCUGCUGCUGGGGCUGCACAGCGAGCUGUUCCGGGAGCUGCUGAGCAACCAGAGCGAGGUGGUGCUGCAGGAGCCCCGGGACUGCGCUGCCGUCUUCGACAAGUUUGUCAGGUACCUGUACUGCGGCGAGCUGACUGUGCUGCUGCCGCAGGCCAUCCCUUUGCACCGGCUGGCCAUCAAGUAUGGCGUGGCCUCCCUGCAGCGCGGCGUGGCGGACUACAUGCGCGCUCACCUGGCGGGCGGCGCGGGCCCGGCCGUGGGUUGGUACCAUUAUGCGGUGAGCACUGGGGAUGAGGCCCUGCGAGAGAGUUGCCUGCAGUUCCUGGCCUGGAACUUGUCUGCGGUGGCGGGGAGCACCGAGUGGGGCGCCGUGAGCCCGGAACUGCUGGCGCAGCUGCUGCAGCGCUCGGACCUGGUGCUGCAGGAUGAGCUGGAGCUCUUUCACGCGCUGGAGGCGUGGCUGGGCCGCGCUAGGCCGUCACCUGAUGGCCGGCCGCGGCUAGUGGUUACGCCGGCCAGUAGUGGUGGCGACGCCGCGGGCGUGAGCUUCCAGAAGACCGUGCUGGUGGGAGCCCGCCAGCAGGGCCGUCUCUUGGUCCGCCACACCUACAGCUUCCACCAGAGCAGCGAGGAGGUUGGCGACUUCCUGGCGCACGCGGACCUGCAGCGGCGCAACUCCGAGUACUUGGUGGAGAACGCGCUGCAUCUGCACCUCAUCGUCAAGCCCGUCUACCACACCCUCAUCCGGACCCCCAAGUAGAUCGGGGAAA